AAGACUUGGUGCUUCUCCGUAUCAUCAUCUCUCAAUCUCUAAUCUUCCUGUCUCCUUUUCUUUUGUUCUGAUCACUGUCAAAUCCCACUUGCGCUCAGAUUCAGAAACCUAAGAAUGCAGCCGAGGAAUUUAGAGAAGCUGGCAUCCAUUGAUGCUCAGCUCAGGCAACUGGUUCCUUCCAAAGUUAGUGAAGAUGAUAAACUGGUUGAGUAUGAUGCUUUACUCUUGGAUCGCUUUCUUGACAUUCUUCAAGAUUUGCAUGGAGAGGAUCUCAAGGAAACGGUUCAAGAAUGCUAUGAACUUUCUGCUGAGUACGAAGGGAAGCAUGAUCCCCGUAAACUUGAGGAGCUUGGAAGCGUCUUGACCAGUUUGGAUCCGGGCGACUCCAUUGUUAUUGCAAAGUCUUUCUCUCAUAUGCUUAACUUGGCAAACUUAGCUGAAGAAGUUCAAAUUGCCCAUCGCCGAAGGAACAAAUUGAAAAAAGGAGAUUUUGCUGAUGAGAACAAUGCCACCACUGAGUCGGACAUUGAAGAAACUCUCAAGAGACUUGUUACUGAUCUAAAGAAGUCUCCUGAAGAAGUUUUUGAUGCAUUGAAGAAUCAGACUGUAGAUCUUGUCUUAACUGCUCAUCCUACUCAAUCAGUCCGUAGAUCUUUGCUUCAGAAACAUGCAAGGAUAAGAAAUUGCUUGGCGCAAUUGUAUGCCAAAGACAUUACUCCAGAUGAUAAGCAGGAGCUUGACGAGGCUUUACAACGAGAGAUUCAAGCUGCUUUUCGUACAGACGAGAUCCGAAGAACUGCUCCUACUCCGCAAGAUGAGAUGAGAGCUGGAAUGAGCUACUUUCACGAGACAAUCUGGAAGGGUGUUCCAAAGUUCUUACGUCGUGUUGACACUGCUCUGAAAAACAUAGGGAUUAAUGAAAGAGUUCCUUAUAAUGCUCCACUUAUUCAAUUCUCGUCUUGGAUGGGUGGCGAUCGUGAUGGUAAUCCAAGGGUAACUCCUGAGGUUACAAGGGAUGUUUGCUUAUUGGCUAGAAUGAUGGCAGCAAACCUGUACUAUUCCCAAAUUGAGGAUCUCAUGUUUGAGUUGUCUAUGUGGCGUUGCAGUGAUGAACUUCGUGUUCGUGCAGAUGAACUGCAUAGAUCCUCAAAGAGAGAUGCAAAACACUACAUAGAGUUUUGGAAGCAAGUUCCCCCAAAUGAACCCUAUCGUGUAAUUCUUGGUGACCUGAGGGAUAAGCUGUACCAAACUCGUGAGCGCUCUCGUCAAAUGCUAUCUCAUGGGAACUCAGACAUCCCUGAGGAGGCAACUUUCACCAAUGUCGAGCAGUUCCUGGAACCCCUUGAGCUUUGUUAUAGAUCACUAUGCUCAUGUGGCGAUCAGCCAAUUGCUGAUGGAAGCCUCCUUGAUUUCUUGAGGCAAGUUUCAACCUUUGGACUUUCGCUAGUGAGGCUUGACAUUAGGCAAGAAUCAGAUCGUCACACUGAUGUCGUAGAUGCCAUUACUAAGCAUUUGGAGAUUGGGUCCUAUAGAGAGUGGUCCGAAGAACAACGACAGGAGUGGCUUUUAUCGGAACUCAGUGGGAAGCGUCCAUUGUUUGGUCCUGAUCUUCCCCAAAGUGAUGAAGUUGCUGAUGUGUUGGAUACUUUUCAUGUCAUAGCCGAACUCCCUGCAGAUAGUUUUGGCGCAUAUAUUAUCUCUAUGGCAACUGCACCAUCUGAUGUGCUUGCUGUUGAGCUCCUGCAACGUGAAUGCCAUGUGAAGCAGCCAUUAAGAGUUGUUCCACUGUUUGAAAAGCUUGCCGAUUUAGAGGCAGCUCCUGCUGCCCUGGCUAGACUCUUCUCAAUAGAUUGGUACAGAGAACGUAUUAAUGGAAAGCAAGAAGUCAUGAUUGGUUACUCAGAUUCUGGUAAAGAUGCUGGACGAUUUUCUGCAGCUUGGCAGUUAUACAAGGCUCAAGAAGAGCUCAUAAAAGUGGCCAAGCAAUUUGGUGUAAAGCUUACAAUGUUCCACGGCCGUGGAGGAACUGUCGGAAGAGGAGGUGGUCCCACUCAUCUUGCCAUAUUGUCCCAGCCACCAGAGACAAUUCAUGGGUCCCUUCGUGUCACUGUUCAAGGUGAAGUUAUUGAGCAAUCAUUUGGGGAAGAACAUUUGUGCUUUAGAACACUUCAGCGUUUCACAGCUGCCACUCUAGAGCAUGGUAUGCAUCCUCCAGUCUCCCCAAAACCAGAAUGGCGUAAACUGAUGGAUGAGAUGGCGGUCAUUGCUACAGAGGAGUACCGCUCUAUUGUCUUUCAAGAACCACGAUUUGUUGAAUAUUUCCGCCUUGCCACACCAGAAUUGGAAUAUGGAAGGAUGAAUAUCGGAAGUCGUCCAUCUAAGAGAAAGCCAAGUGGAGGUAUCGAAUCUCUCCGUGCAAUCCCAUGGAUCUUUGCCUGGACACAGACUAGGUUCCAUCUGCCUGUAUGGCUAGGCUUUGGAGCAGCAUUUAAAGAUAUCAUUCAGAAGGAUGUGAGGAAUCUCCAUAUGCUGCAAGAGAUGUACAAUGCAUGGCCUUUCUUUAGGGUCACCAUUGAUUUGGUUGAAAUGGUGUUUGCCAAGGGAGACCCCGGCAUCGCUGCCUUGUUUGACAAACUACUUGUUUCUCAGGAUCUGUGGUCAUUUGGUGAGAAAUUGAGGACCAACUAUGAGGAAACUAAGGGCCUUCUUCUCCAGAUUGCAGGACACAAGGAUCUUCUUGAAGGAGAUCCUUACUUGAAACAAAGACUACGGUUGCGUGAUUCAUACAUCACAACCCUCAAUGUUUGCCAGGCCUACACUCUAAAACGCGUUCGUGAUCCAAAUUACAAUGUGAAAUUGCGGCCACAUCUUUCCAAAGAAAUUAUGGAAUCAAGCGACCCGAAAGAUGAACUCGUGAAACUAAACCCGAAAAGUGAUUACGCCCCUGGUAUGGAGGAUACCCUCAUCUUAACCAUGAAGGGUAUUGCCGCCGGAAUGCAGAACACCGGUUAAAGCCUGUGCAUUCUGUUUUCUAUUUUCUUCUUACUGGUCUUUUCAUAUACCAUAGCUAAAUGCAAUUGGUGCGGAUGACCUUUAAUUUAUCCAUUUUAAGGUUAAGAACUUGGUCAAUUUUUUUUCCAGUUGUGUGUACUUUAAUACAGUUUUAAGGGCCAGCAGUAUCUGUUUUAGGCUUUUAGCCAUGCAAAAACUGAACUGUAAUAGAGCUCUGCUUGUAAUGUUUGAUUAUUAAUAAUAAACUUUCUAAGGUGUUUUAAGUUAAA